AUGUUGCACUCUUACUAUAAGAAAAAACAAAAUUUAGCGAAAUUAGUAAAUCGUUGCAAUAAAAAUGGGAUACAUAUUUUUGAUCGUCUACGUUUAUUUAAUCAAGAAGGGGUGGAGAUAACUGAAGAUGAUUUAUAUUAUAUGAAAAAUGGAUCUGUGAUUUUGCCUUAAAGGGUAUAAUUUAAGGUUAAUAUAUAUUAUAAGAUGAAAAAUUAAAUGAAAGUUUUUAAUCUGCAAAAUUUUAUGUGCUUCAAAAUAUUGGAGAAGCAGUUUUUGUUAAGGUUCUUCUAAAUAGACACAAAAAAACAGGAGAAAAAAAGUAGCAAUCAAAAUGGUUAAAUAAUCAUUGACUAAUGCUUAAGUAAUAACUAAAUUUAAUGUAGGAUGAUGCAUGAUUUUUGACAUGCUUUAAAGCAUGAUAAUUAAGUAAAGAUUUAUGAUGGAUUCUUUAUGCAAAAUUUUUAAAUGUUGUUUAUAAUGGAAUAUUUGUAAAUUGGCUAAUUGCAGUAAUACUUGUAAACAAAAGGAAAAUUUGAAGAAAGUGAAGAUCGACAUUAUUUAAAAUAGUUGGUUCGUGCUAUUUCAUAUUACCACUAAAAGAAAAUAAUUCAAGGAGAUCUAAAAUUAGAAAAUUAUUGUUAAUAAGUAAAGAUUUAGCUGUAAUUAAAUUUAUUGGUCUUGGUAUUUCUAGUCUUACUUCAACUGACAACCCUGAAAAUACAGAUAAGGUAAUCUUCCAUAUAUGAUCCCAGAACUAUUUAAAAGUAGGUAUGGAAGAUGAUGUAUUCAUUUAGGGAGGGAUAAAACUGUUUCUCCAUUAGCAGAUGUAUGGUCUAUGGGUGUAGUACUGUACGGAAUGUUAGUUGAAACUCUACCAUUUAAUGCUAACACCAAAUAGGAAAUUAUCGCUUAAAUCUCAAAAGCUCGACUAAUGAUCCCAAAGAAUUUAAUACUAAAUUAUCUCGAAAUUACAAAGAUUGCCUAUACCCACUCUAGAACAAGAUCACAAAAAGAGAAUUACUUCAAUUGA